CAAGCGGAUGAUGCUUAGGAAACGAGCGGAAGAAGGUGGAGUGUCGCUGAAGUAUCUGCAGGAUCUGCACGAGAAGCAUGAGAGCUGGCUCCUACCGAUUGACAGUGGAAACCAUGGGGUGCUCUUUGUUAGUAAACCGUCUUUGCAGAUGGAUAACUCUCUCCAUCCUGAUAUCAAGGACCGUGUCUUUUACUUGGAAAUGAAUCAUAUGCAUUCUAGCAUCCAGAAGGUAAAAGUUAUCUCAUUUUGUUUGUGUGCUAAAUGUCUAAAGAUAAGAGUUUGCUUAUAGACUGGUUAAUAAUUGGGUUUUGUAACAGGUCCCUGCUUUGUUUUUGGACUGUGAACCAAAUAUUGACUUCAGCAGAGAUAUUGAAGCAAAGAGACAGUACACACGUAAAGUUGCUGAGUUCUUUGAGUUUGUUUAGAAGAACCAAGAAACGUCGCAAGAGCAGUCACCCUUGCUGAUGCCUCCUCAUAAUGGAGGUCUCUGGAUGGGACCAGAAGGGAAGCAUGUCCCGGGUUUAGAACUCCAGUCUCUGGGUUUCAGGAAGGCCGUCUGCGUGAGACUGUCCCCCACUGUUUUGUUUGCUCUGAAGGAGCAUUGUCAGGGUUAUCAUCGAAUGUCAAUACGUAUGGUCGGCUUUAUGUUUGGUUUGUUUAAGGAAACUUCUCACUACGGCUUUUAUACUCUCUCUUAGUUUAGUUAUUAACCCUUUUGUGUAGAGAAAGAUUUGAUGAUGUCUGGAUAAUUUUUAUUCUUAAUGUGUUUUGUUUCUUGAAAUCUCUUAUGGUCUGGAGUUUCAUUUGUCUCUAUAUUAGUCCCUAUCACAGCCAAACAAAUAUACAUCAAAGGAGUAUUUAAAGAAAAAGCGAAAUGUGCUUGGUCGUACAAACACUGCAUUUUCGUCCUAUCCAGGUAAGAGGUCCGAGGUGGAUCAUGGUGUUACAGCUGCUUCGUCUUUGUAAUCUCUUAGCGCAAGAAGCUUGAAACCCCUUAAGUGACAUCACAUGCCCUUUAACAAUGUAUGAAGCACACUUCGGCACGUUUGUUACUAAUUUUUAUAACAAAACACAAAGAGUUAGAGAAAGAGGCCUUUGAGCUAUGGAAACGGGUAAUCAUCUCCUUGAAAUGAGAUUUUGUUAUCCGUUUUACCUCUCAUGGGAUGAAAUUGAUCGGAAUUCUUUAGUUUGUAGAGAAGAAACGUGUGUCUGCAAUAUGUGUUUACAUAUAUAUUUGAAUAGGAUGGUAACUUAAAAAAAAUAUAUAGUUAGAUAUAAGUAAGACUGGCUUGAGAGUUGUCGGUUUAAAACAAACAACUAAAAACCGGAUGAUCCACAUAUAUAUUUUUGGGUAGUUUGAAGGUCAGAUUAUCUAUAUAUAUAUCCAUAUAUAGCAAGUUGAUCAAAAAAAAAAAAACUCAUAUAUAGCACAUAAAACAUUCAAGGCAGAACUUAACAAAUAGCGUGCAAGUAAGGAAUAGAAAGCGCUUCACGCGCCCCCAGUACACGAUCUCAGAGGUGAAACCCUAAAAGAAAACCGCAGCUCCGUUCCUCGACGACUUCACCGGCGUAGCCUUUGCCGGAGGGUCCCCACUGCUGACGUCCUCUCUCUCUCCUCCUCUCUUUCAAACUACCAUGGAAUCUAUGAAUGAAAUCUCGUCGUCAACUCCGCCGAACUCCAAAGACAAGAUGAUGGAGCUUCCACCGUCGACUUCAGGAGCUUCUUUGGGAUCGUCUCUGGCUCUUGAUUGCGCCAGUGGUCCGAAGUCACUGCAUCUCCAAGGAAGCGAAGCUGGGGCCUCUCUUCCCUGUGCUGACUCUGCUGGUCUCCAACACUCCAUCGUCUCAGCUUCCUUUUACCACCCCUUCUCUGCCUGGCCUUAACUCCCAUGUCUCCUACCCACCUCCACCGUCUCAGGUUGUCGUUAACUCUGCUCCUUCGUCUCAGUUUUCAACAGAAGAAGCAAGAGACACACAAGUUCCUCCGUCAAACACUGAUUCUGGAUCUGUUUCUAUCCAAGCUGAGACUACUACUCAAUUUGUGCCUUUUUUAGGUUCAUGGGCUAAACCGCUCAUUUUCAAACCUGUUGCUACUCCUCCUGACCCAACUACGCCAAGAGAAUAUGACUCUGUGGGAAAUCAGCUGGCUUCUCUUUGGCCAUCUCUUAAUAAUGAGAUCUUGAACAAGAAACAAAAAAGCAAGUAUCCUACCAGAACUUAAAGCAGAUGGAACACUCCGAUUCCCUUGGGCUGCAAGAUCAAGUCCUCAGUCUCGCAAUCUGUUCCGGACCGCUUCACCUAUGUACAGAUUUGAUGGUACACCAGAGGUAUCCAUCCCUUCUAAAGUUCUUAAAUUAGGACAUGAGAACAAGGAUGAGUAUAUCAUAGGCAAGUUCCAUAGGUGUUCUUUACCUCCGGGUGGACUUGUUCAUGCUGUAGCUAAUAAGAUUUGGGGAAGAAGCUGUAAGAACUCUUGCAAAAAGCUGAGUGAGUCAUCCUAUAUGUUUCAUAUCCCUCACCAACCUACUCGCCAAUGGGUUAUUCAAAGAGGAGUUUGGCAUAUUGAUGAUUGUUUGCUUUUUGUGUUGCCUUGGACUCCGGAGGGAUCCUUUCAAAUACCAAAAGUUUCAACUCUUCCGGUAUGGGUCACUUUGAAAUACAUCUCUGAUUGCUGCUAUUCUAGACUAGGAAUUAGUCAUGUUGCCUCGGGUCUUGGAGAGCUUAUCUUGACACAUAAACCUCGUUUGGAUCCUACAAACAUGGGUGAAGCUAAAGUGCUAGUUGAGAUGGAGUUGGAUAGAGUUUUUCCAAAGCUUAUAGCUCUUGAUGAUAAGCAAGGUAGUAUUUAUCUGGUUAAAGUUGAAUACACAUGGAUCCCUUCCACUUAUGAGAGAUGUGGCAGCUUAGGUCAUAAAGCGAAGAGGUGUCUUAUGUCUUUUGUACCUCCAGAAAAUUCAGAUAUCUCAGUGGACGUGACUGCUGACAUAGCAAUUGUUGAUAUUGAUCACAUCUUGCAGCAACAAAAUGAUGAAACAGUUACAGGAAGUCUCCCUACAACUUCUGCUAUGCCUCAUGUUGACUCUCAACCGGAGUUGAACAUAAACAUUCAGGAUGUUCCACGCUUGCACUCGGACUUGAUAGCGGAUUCUCAGGAACCAUAUGUUUCUACACAUGCCCCUAUGGAAUGCCAAGAUAUUCAAGUCUCAAAGAUCACCACUAGUUCCUCUACCCCACAGGUUCAAGAGGAUAUAACCAAAUAGCAUCGCCAACUUUAGCCAAGAUUUUAUCGCCAUUAGUAGAUAUUGAAUCUACUCCCAUUUCAGCAUCUAUUAUGGAGACUUCUCCAUCCAACAUUAUCAACAAGGAGGUCCAAAAAACUUUGAUUGUUGAUCUUUUACACACAUCGGCUCAAGCAAGUGGAUUUGAGAGUCCUUCUCGGUUCACUGCGUUAGGUGAUGUGGAAGAGGCCCCAGAUGAACCAAUGAGCUCGCUCGGUUUGACACGGGGUUUGAGGGAGAUUAGACCUCCUAUAAAGUUCCAAGAUUUGGAAAAUAAAACUGCAUGAGGGAGAGGUAAGUGCGGUUGUCGCGGCCGUGGUAACACUCGCUAGUAGCUCUUUUUCAUUUCUUUUUUGGUUUUGACUCUCUCGUUCCUUGAAUGUUUCAUAGGUUUGAGAUGUUAUUCGUCAUGAAUUGUAUUCAUGCAAAUUUUUUCUCACUAAAAAGUCUACAGCCUUAUCAUGUAAACGUUUUUAUUUUAAUUGAAAGCCCUUUGUCAAAAAAAAAAAAAAGAAUGUUUAGUUUGGCUAUCUUUUAAAUCUGCCAUGCACUAUAUGUGAAGAAACUUUUAGAUUAAAGAAUCCGGAUCAAUUAUAAAUCAAUCACUUAGCUGAAUAAUGUUAAGUCAAUGUAUUAAUAUGGUUCUAUUAGAAAUUGUAUUUAAUCCAACUAUACUCUUCUGAGGUUUUCCACGACGGUUUACACCAGUUUAUACGUUUGUUAUUGAACUGUCAAAUCAUAUAUAUAUAUAUAUAUAUAUAUAUAUAUAUAUAUAUAUACUAGUAGUUUUCCUGCGCUAUAUGCAGAAACUAGGAUAGGCCCGCCCUACGGGCGGGGUAUACUUUAUUUGUGAUUUCAAUUUUUAUUUUUUGUUUGAUUUGGUGGUUAGUGUUUUAAGUUUGAAUUUGCAAGAGAUGUGUAUAAUAGUAUUUAUUUUUUUUUUGUUUUGGUGGUUGUGUUUUAGUGUUUUAGGCGAAUAUGACAUUUUAAGUGAUGAAGGAUAUUAUAUCUAUUUUAGUUAAUGUUUGAUGUUUGCUUAUUUUUGUAUUUUUAUUUGUUCUCAAAUAUAUUUUAAUUACAUAAUACUAUUUUAGUUAUUAUCUUUCUCUUUUUAUUAAAUUUCUUUAUAAUGUAAACACAUUUUACAUUAUCUUCGCAUAUGUCUAAAUUUUUCUUUAUUUUUUCAUUAUUCUUAUUAGAGAUUAUAAAGUUGUAUUAGCAUGAUACGAUUUUAAUGAUUGAAAUGGUAUACAUUUAUUAAAUGUUUGUUCAAUUUUUUUAUACAUAGUAAGUAUUAUUCGAGUUUUUAUUGUUGUUUUUAGGUUCAAUAAUCAAAAUAUUGAUUAAUUUUUAUUUUGUUUAUAUUGAAUGUACCUGUAUUUUUAAUAAAAUUUUAUUAUUCAGUUUCAGUGUAUUAUUAUUGAUUGUAUGAAAAAUAGACUUUAGAAGUUUCAGUCGAAGAAUAAAAACUGACUUAUUUUGUUUUGGUUGGUAUACUGAGAUCGGACUGUGAUGAUCGUGUAUCUAACCAUGUGAGGAAAAAUGAUUAGGUCCGUACACCAACCUCUGUACCAGUCAUGAUCUCAGCUUCAAGAACCAUGUUAGCAUGACCAUCAUUCUCGUACCAUUGCACAUAGACCUUGCGUCUGGUUAAGGUUGUAAAAAUUCAAAAUAUAAUAUAUAGUUUUUGGUCUAAAUAUAUAUAAUAUAUUUUGAAAAAGCAUACACAACAUAAAAUAUUGUUAUGUACUCUUAUCUGUUGAAAAUUUGUCUUAUAAUAAUUAAAAAUAUUUUCAUAAAUAAAUACAUUUAUAAUAAUAAAGUUACAUAUCUAGCAGAACUUUUAUUUUAGUUCUACGUUACUAUCAAAUAAUUAGUCGACAAAAACAAAUACUGAACCAAAUUGCAGCUAAACCAAAAAAGUAACUUAUCUUUAUGUAUACGCAAAAACCUAUCUUCAAACUAUCUUCUCCCUUCUCUUCCUUACCUAUGAUUCCUUCUCUUCUCUCAUCUGCUUUGAUCUGUGUUUUUUUUAAGUCAUACAGCCAUCACUGCCAAGCCGUGACCACACCAGCUCCUUGCCAUUCAGUCUCUGCCCUCACCAUGACUCUACCACCAUUUAUCAACCGUGCUAUAACAACCUUCAUUAGACUCACCAUGAAAACUUUGGCAUUGACUCAAUUUUGUUGCUUUCUAUAACUUCUAAAGUACCAUUUGAUGUGGGACUCGUCAUCUCCUACAUUAAAAAGAUGACAGAUACCAUAUUUUUCUUAUUCUUACAUGGGAUAGCUGAGCAGCAUCAUGAGGCUGAAGAUGGAGAAGUAGCUGCAACAACAAAAAAGAGUAUCUUUUAAGCAUCCAUAUUUUUUGCUUUGGUGUAAAACAAAGAGAAGUCUCAUGUCGACCUGUUUCUUAAUGAAUGGAGGAAGAUAUCCAAAUAUCCUCCAGCAUAUGACCAAGGUAAGAGUUGAGCAGAAAUUUUGGAAGCAACUACACCUUGCAGAAGGAGCCCAAGAACUUCUUGCAUCACAAAAGGUCAGAUUAGAGAUGACUCAUGAGAUAUAAUAUUAAAAAGGAACAUAUGUUUACAAUAUCAAUCUCGGUUCGGUGAUCAACCAAGUGAUUGAUGUUAACAUUUCUGCCAAAAUAAUUAGAUCUUUUAUAAAUAUAGCUAAAGCCAUAAGAUAGCACAUAACUUAAAAUCGAAUAAUACGAAGUAGAAGGGAACUUCGUAAUGGAUACUUGUUACAAAGAAACAACUCAAAU